AUGCCGUACAUCCGACAAGGCGAGGUGGUGGAGCGUCUGUCGCCAUGGCAGCUCGCCUUCUACGUCGAUUUCUUCCGCCGUCUCUUCCGUCUCAUCAAGAUGUUCUUCUACACCCUCUUCUCGCCUGAUGCGGCAGGAGUGAAGAAGACCAAGGGCAGAGGAGGGGGGGGGCAGGGCGCAUGGGGGGGCAGCGCUGGGGGCGGAGGGGGUGGGGGAGGGGGAGGCGGAGGAGGGGGGGGAGGUGGUGCUAGGAGGGGACUUGGAGGGAUGAGCAACGUGCGGGGCAUUGAUCACUGUGCUUCUGCGGCGGGUGCCUGA